AGAUUUUUAAUUUUUAUUUCUCCACAUAUGUGGAAAAACUUUGGCAUACUUCAUACAUAGUUUUUUUUUACUUGGCUUUUCAUUUCAAAAAGCAAUCAGUAAAUUAAACUUAGAAAAUAUGUAUUAGGUUUAGCCAUAAAGGUUACUGGGCAAGGUGAUGGUAAUAUUUCUUUUUGUUUGUCUAAUUACCCAUUCCUUUAUUCCAAUCAAAAUCACUGUACCAAGCAUGCAAUGUGAUGGCUAUUGUUAAGUUGGAAAUUGGGGUUAUCUUCCUUAUUCAGAUGGGAGUGGGAGUCCUGGGAAAUAUCUCCCUCCUUUGUCUUUAUAACUUCACUUUGCUCACUGGACACAAUGUAAAACCCACAGACAUGGUCCUCAACCAACUGGUAUUAGCCAAUUCCAUUGUACUUUUCUCCAGAGGGAUCCCUCAGACAGUGGCAGCUUUUGGACUGAACUACUUUCUGGAUGAAACUGGAUGUAAACUUCUCUUCUAUUUCCACAGAGUUGCCAGAGGGGUUUCCCUCAGCACCACCUGCUUCCUCAGUGGUUUCCAGGCCAUAAAACUUUACCCCAAUUUCUCCAAGUGGCUGGAGCUCAGAAUGAAAUCCCCAAAGUGCAUUGCCUUCAGUUGUUUUAUUUUCUGGAUCCUGCAACUGUUGAUAAAUAUAUUUGUUCCUAUAAAAGUGAUUGGUCCAAUGCACAGCAAAAAUUUAAGUGUGAAAAUAAAUUAUGGAUACUGUUCCUCACUUAAUCCCGAUAGCUUUAAAAAGUUUCUAGUUGCAUUCUUAUUCUUCGCAAUUGACUUCAUGUGUUUGGGAUUCAUGGCCUGGGCCAGUGGAUUUAUGGUUCUUUUCCUGCACAGACACAAACAGCGAGUGCAACACAUUUACAUCCACAGGCGGACUUUUAGACAUUCCCCUGAGGGUAAAGCUACAUGCACCAUUUUGAUCCUUGUGAGCUCCUUUUGCAUCUUUUACUCAUUCUCUUCUGUUUUGCAUGUUUGGAUGACUCUUGCUGUAAUCCCAGGUCAGUGGCUGGUGAAUACCUCUAUGAUUUUGUCUUCAUGUUUCCCAGCAUUCAGUCCCUUGGUGCUCAUUCAUAGCGACACUCGUUUCUUUGGUUUCAUGGACUGCUAACAAAGAAGCAAAUUCUUCCAUGUUCUCUACAGCUAUUUCAGUCAUCCCUUCUAUCAUAUGCUAAUGUUUAGGGCAAUAAAUUGCACAUUCUUUAUAGAAAUGUGUCAUUCUAUGUAGAAUAGGGCAGUUCAAUCUUAGACAUUGUAAGUCCUAUAAGAGGCCUAAAAUAACUUUAGGCACAUAAAUAAAUAAAUACUACUCAAACUGGUUUAGCUUCAAAGGAAAUAUUCAUGAAUAUGAAAUAGUGUGAUAGGGGAAAAUAUUGUCUGAGAUUUGGAGAAAAUCUCUGCUUGUAUGGUUUUUGUGCAGAGUGGUAAAUGACAUGUAAUGUAAA